AUGCCAGAAGCCGAGUGGAACGACGAACGCACUAGGCUUGUCUGUGAACUCUUUGAAGAACAAGUUCGGGCUGGGAACAGGCCAAACACGCAUCUGAACAACAUUGGUUACCGCCAAGUUGCGGCUAAGUUUCAGCAGAGGACACAGCUUCUCUAUACAAAAUUGCAGCUUAAGAACAAAUGGGACAAGUUUAAGAAUGACUACAUCACUUGGAAGAAGUUGCUUGUAGUGGGGAAGGGUUUACCCUGGGACACAGCGAAGGGGACAUUUGAUGUUGCGGACGAAGAAUGGUGGAAGAAGAUCAAUAAGGAGCUGCCGGGUGCAAGGAAAUUUCGACAUGGUGGUCUACUACAUGAGGAUAAGUUGAAAGUAAUGUUCGAUUACAUCACCAGUAAUGGUGUGGAUCCUUCACCACCUGCUCCAGAAAGCCCGAAGAAUGGGGUGGAUCAUUCGCCACCGGCCGCAACUGGUUUGCCAUCUGCUCCAGACUGCCCCCUCAAUGGAGCGGAGCAUUCGCCAGUGACUGCACAUGGGUUGCCAUCUGGUGCAGACAGCCACAUGAAUGGCACAGAUCAUUUGCCACAUGUUCAAGAAAUCCCCAUGAAUGGUGUGAACCUCAAUGGAUCAGACAACAGCACUGAAGAUAAUCUUGACACUCAUCAAGAGCCUGUGUUUCAGUAUCCAUCAAACAGGAAGAAGAUACCGAUUCGUUUCAGUGCUGCAAAGAAGAAGAAAAACAAGUCCGAAACUGCUCUGCUCAUGCAAGCUCAUUUGUACCGCAUAGCUGAGCUGGCUCAGAAAGCACAGGACACUUUCGAAAAGUUCAGCUCCCAAGCUGACUCGGCGCCAUGGCCUAGCAUCCAGGAUGUUAUGACACUGGUCCGGGAGUGCGGAGCACGGUGUGGGAGCAAUGAGCAUUUCAUCGCAACUGAACUGUUUGUCAGUAGAGAACAGAGGGAGAUGUUCCUGACCAUGGAAACGGCCGAGGAACGGUUCCAGUGGCUUAGAAGAAAGUACAUCGUCAAGUAUUUGUCAGCUAUCCUCUGGUUUCUCCUGUUCCUGUGUAGCAAUUAUCUUUCGGACGCAAGGAGGACUGCCACACACUACAAGGGGUAUCUAUUCUAUUUUGUGGAUAAGGAUAAUAAUCAGCAAUACCCUGAUCCAAAGGGGUUACUCCGCUUCAGCCUCGUUGACGAAACAUUUGGUGUCACUCCGUUGCCCCCCUGCCUAUAUGAUAUGGUCGAAGAUGAAGGUGAAGAAGUUUAUCUUAAUGAGCUUGGCGGGGAGCUAUGCGCUACUCUCUUUUUAAAGUGUAUGCAACAAGUACUGAUAUUCAUGACAAGUGAUGCUCUGAAUCCUGAUUGGAGUUGUCGUUACGGAAUAGAUCUGCGAGACAGAUUCUAUCCAUUGGCCUUGCUUGCCAGUGGUAGAAUUCUUAUGCGAGGAGCUACAACUAGAUCGAUUGAUCAAAGGGUAUUAAUCUUCCUUUUGCAGAUUCUUCCGAGAGACUUGCGAGAUAAUCUGCAGAAUGAACCUAGAAAGGACCAACUGCUGGAGGUCAUUCUGGAUUUGGGGAGACGACCAGAGGCACGUUUCCUUGGUGACUCUGGUGGCCAAUAUCUACGGGACAGUGAGAUCUCACAGAAAGAGUUGGAGGAUGCUCAGAAGGCUGUAGGAGAGUUUGGAGGUGACAACCGUGCAGGAAUUGAAGGUACUUUACAUAGGAUAUCUGCUAUAAGGAGCAGGAAAGGAAUGGUUGUUGGUUUGACCUGUCGAGUUGGCCGAGCUGUUACCGGGCAUGUUGACAUGGUCCGUGAUCUCCUAAAUUACAAAGAAAGUAUUCUAUUUUUGGGAAGGCCUGGGGUAGGCAAGACUACUGUUAUGCGUGAGAUUGGACGUGUUUUAGCAGAUGAAUUUCAGAAAAGAGUGGGCAGGGUGAUGAUUGAAGCAGUUGAAAACCAUAUGCCUGAGGUUGUUAUUGUAGAUGAGAUCGGAACUGAAGCAGAAGCACAAGCUUGUCGAUCAAUUGCAGAAAGGGGUGUUAUGCUUAUUGGCACUGCCCAUGGAGAACGACUUGCAAACAUCAUUAAGAACCCAACCUUAUCUGACUUGAUUGGUGGUGUAGAAACUGUUACUCUUGGAGAUGAUGAGGCUCGUGCUCGACGAAGUCAGAAAAGUAUUCUGGAGAGGAAAGCUCCUCCAACAUUCCCUUUCCUUAUUGAGAUGAGGGAGCGACAUUACUGGGUAACACAUCGGACAGAAAGGAGCGUGGAUAUGCUACUGCAUGGCAAGAAGCCACUGGUUGAGGUCAGGAGAAGGGAUAAUGAGUUUCAGGUUGUAACUGAAAGAUGGGCAACAUAUGAUGGCGAUGGACUCUGA